AUGUUGUCUCGAGCUCUCCGACUCCCCAGAGCUGUGCCUAUGCGCACAAAGCUCGCUGCUCCUGCUUAUACCGCCAUUCGUUCCGUCACCACUGACGCUGCGUCUGCGUCCUUGAGCCACUCAGUCCCUAAGUCCGAUGAUGAGCCUUUCUCUGUUAACCUCAGCGAUGAGAGCUUCGAAACCUACGAGCUGGACCCCCCUCCUUACACUCUGGAGGUGACCAAGAAGGAGUUGAAGGAUAUGUACCGCGAGAUGGUUGUCACCCGACAGAUGGAGAUGGCGGCUGAUCGUCUAUACAAGGAAAAGAAGAUUCGCGGUUUCUGCCAUCUUUCGACUGGUCAGGAGGCUGUUGCCGUUGGUAUUGAGCAUGCCAUCACCAAGGAGGACGACAUCAUCACCGCCUACCGAUGCCACGGUUACGCUCUCCUCCGUGGCGCUUCCGUCCGAUCCAUCAUCGGCGAGCUGCUCGGUCGACGUGAGGGUAUCUCAUACGGCAAGGGUGGUUCCAUGCACAUGUUUGCUAAGGGCUUCUACGGCGGCAAUGGUAUUGUCGGUGCUCAGGUCCCUGUCGGUGCUGGUCUUGCCUUCGCCCACAAGUACAACAACAACAAGAACGCAUCCAUCAUCCUUUACGGUGAUGGUGCCAGCAACCAGGGCCAGGUCUUUGAGGCUUUCAACAUGGCCAAGCUCUGGAACCUGCCCGCCCUCUUCGGUUGCGAAAACAACAAGUACGGUAUGGGUACUGCCGCCGCUCGUUCCUCCGCCUUGACCGACUACUACAAGCGUGGUCAGUACAUCCCAGGUCUCAAGGUCAACGGCAUGGACGUUCUCGCCGUCAAGGCUGCCGUCAAGUAUGGAAAGGAGUACACCGCUGCCGACAAGGGUCCUCUUGUCCUCGAGUACGUCACCUACCGAUAUGGUGGUCACUCCAUGUCCGACCCUGGCACCACCUACCGAACCCGUGAGGAAAUUCAGCGCAUGCGCUCCACCAAUGACCCUAUUGCCGGACUCAAGCAGAAGAUCCUGGAUUGGGAGAUCACAACUGAGGAUGAGCUCAAGAAGAUCGACAAGGAGGCCCGCGCCCAUGUUAACGAGGAGGUUGCUGCUGCUGAGGCCAUGGCUGUGCCUGAGGCCAAGCCCGAGAUUCUAUUCGAGGACAUCUACGUCCGAGGAUCCGAGCCUGAGUACAUCCGUGGACGUAUUCCUGAGGAGAACCACUACUUCCAGUAG